AUAAAGUUGUGCCAAGGAACAGGCUUAUCCUCUCAGGCAGGAGUGGAAUGUCUUGCUCCUCUCUUCCAAACUGUGCAAGAAACUCCACAGUCCAUACCAACCAAAGUCACAGGGACCAUCCCGAAAUGGAUCAGAGGGAGCCUGCUGAGAAAUGGGCCGGGCCAGUUUGAAUUCGGCAAUGACAAAUACUAUCAUUGGUUCGAUGGAAUGGCCCUGAUGCACAACUUCAAGAUUGAAAAUGGUUCUGUCACCUACAUGAGCAAGUUCCUUCAAAGUGAAUCCUACACCAAGAAUAAGAGAGCAAAUCGAAUUGUCGUCUCAGAGUUUGGUACCUUGGCAAUGCCAGACCCCUGCCAAUCUAUGUAUGAUCGAUUCAUGUCUAAAUUCGAAAUGACUUCAACCGACAACUGCAGUGUGAACUAUGUCCUGUAUAAAGGUGACUAUUAUGUCAGCACUGAAACCAAUUUUAUGCGCAGAGUGGCACCUGAGACCCUGGAUACCCUGGAAAAGGUUGAUUGGACAAAGUUUAUUGCUGUGAAUACUGCCACAGCUCACCCUCAUUAUGACCCUGAUGGGACUGUGUACAAUAUGGGAAAUUCAUUUGGAAAAGGGGGAACGCGUUAUAACAUUAUCAGGGUUCCACCUCAGAAGUCAAGCGCAGGGGAGACUCUAGAAGGAGCUCAAGUUGUUUGUUCCAUCGAACCAGCGGAGAAAAUAAAAUUUGCUUACUAUCACAGCUUUGGCAUGAGUGAGAAUUACGUGGUGUUUGUGGAACAACCUGUGAAGAUAAACUUAUUGAAGCUAUUGCUUUGUAAGAUACGAGGAAAGGCAUUCUUGAACAGCAUAAGCUGGGACCCUGAGCUCAACACUGUAUUCCAUGUUAUUAAUAAACACACCGGAAAGAAACAUUCUGCGACUUUCCACACUAAGGCUUUUGCGACAUUUCAUCAGAUCAAUGCCUUUGAGGAUCAGGGCUGCAUUGUUCUAGACCUCUGUUGCAUGGAUGAUGGAGGAGCUCUGGACCAUUUUAAUCUGCUGAAUCUGCGCAAAUCUGGAGAGGAAUUGAAUGAGUUUCGCAAACAGAUAGCAAAGUCUUACCCACGUAGAUUUGUCCUCCCUCUGGACAGCAGCAUUAAGGAUGUGGCCACCCAGCCUUUAAGCUACUCAAGUGCUACCGCCGCUAUGAAAGGCGAUGGGAAGAUAUGGUGCACAUACGAAGACCUCUAUGACCACACUCUGGGCUCCAGUGGAUUUGAAUUCCCCCAGAUUAAUUAUGCAAAAUAUAAUGCAAAAAAAUACAGAUUCUUCUACGGCUGUGGCUUCCAGGACAUUAUGGGGGAUUCUUUAGUUAAAAUAGAUGUGGAGACAAAGCAAGCAAAGAUCUGGAAGGAGGAUGGGUAUUUUCCUUCAGAGCCGAUAUUUGUGCCUCAUCCAAAUUUUGUUGGGGAGGAUGAUGGCGUCAUCCUUUCAGCUGUUAUUACACCAGAUCAGAAUAAAAAUAUCUUCCUUCUAAUUUUGGACGCCAAAGAUUUUACCGAACUCGCCCGAGCUGAAGUGCCUGUACAGAUUCCAUAUGGGUUUCAUGGUGUCUUUGUGCCUCAAAGGACCUAGAUAUAUAUAGGAUUAAGCAAUAUUGAAGAAUGCCUUACACCGGACAAUACUCUGAUCACUGCAGCCAUUCGUUCUAAAUACUGUGAAUAAAUAUAUAAAAAUCAAGGGGUGCUAUUGUAAUCAUACAGAUUGUAAUCCAUGAGAUCCACAGAUUGAGAGCCCCUCAGGACUAGGCUAGUUUAAUUUUUUGUGUUGUGUUGUUUGUUUGUUUUUUACAGCAUAAUCAGCAUUAAAAAAAAAAAAA